AUGUACCACGCCGAUUAUACAGAAACGCCGGAACCAUACUACAAGAGCAAGAUUUUCCCCGUCUCGUUUGUGGUUCCGGAAGCACUUCCCUUCGACCCGUGCUCUGAUGGCCAUCUUCAACUGCCCCCUAGUAUUGACUACAGCUGGGACAAAUUCUGCCCUGACCUGUGUAGCAUAAUCUAUUACAUUCACGCCGAGAUUGAAAUGGGAUAUGGCGAGAAGCUCCACGCAAAGAAACAAGUCAGGCUUCUUCCGAUGUCACCGGAAAGGCCUCCUCGUCUUUGGGGUGAGAGCGGCGAAGUCCAGCUUUGUGAUACAACCCGGCUACGAACGGGGCUAUUGUCAACAAAGACAGGCAGAAUUACACUCCAAGCUCGCCAGGAGAAAUCCCUCUAUUUGCCCAUUGACACCCGACGAAGACGGGAAAUCACCUCAAUUCACCUCGAUUUGGCCUUGGAAGGUAUUGAGGCGUCAACAAAACUACCACAGCAGUGCCAGCUUCGCGCAACUAUAGAGGCUGCAACAUACUUGACAACAUCACCAAUGCGUCUACCGAACAAGCCUAUGCUUAUGGCGGAACAAAUGUGUUGGACUGAAUGGAUCGAACAGGAUGGGCAAGGUACCAGCUCCCACCAGGUGGCACUCGUGGAAUACUUUAUGCGAAUUGAGGUAGCAAUUGGGUGGUCUAGAACAUUGCAUCUCAAGUUGCCCCUCCAGAUCUACAAUGCUCUUGAAUUUUGA